GUUUCUAACGACUGCUUCCAAAACAUAUCCGUUAUCCGAAAUUCAUAUAUCUGAACAAGUAUCUAAACCUCUGGCGACCUUGCGUGGUCUCUGAAUUUGUCUGAAACCGUGUCGUGAUCGACGAACCCGUUAGCGCUUGACAUGAACAGGUCCACCGCAGCUGGGAGGUCAAACCCGCACGAACUUCGUGAGGAAUCUCUUCACCAAGCAAGAGCAGGGUAUGCGGCCGGUCUAAACUGCCCCCAAGGACAGGCUGCGGAGCUACAGACGAAGUUCCUCAAUCCCUCGGUCAUCGACGCCUCUCUACGCACUCAGAUUUCGAACACAUCAGACGAAGUAGACACGCUUUUGACCACUACACAUCCAUAUUCUCAACCAGACUCAGACCCACUUACCAAGUUGUCGAAGAAACGUUCCCUCGGUAUAACAGAGACAACUUCAGCUACGGCCGCAAAGCGACAGAAGACGCACCAGCUCCUGGGAAAGGUGAACAACCAGAUAGCCAUGGAGGAAAUGACGCAUCCGGACUCUGCUCCACAGUACUUCGAGCCCGACGACUCUGGUUUUGAUCAUUUUCCUAUCACCCACAUAAUGCGACUUGGAAACGUAACAGAAAACCAGUCAAAGAAAGCAGGGAAGAAACCGAAGAAGGACCAUCAUAUAUACCAGGACCUAUCGGCGCUUCGAACAGAAGUUGCCCUCAGCGAAACGGUAGUAUCUGGAUUUGCCUUGAGUUUCGAUGGUGGAUAUGGUCUUGUCAUCCGUGAUAAGACUGUGCUUCGCACCCACAUCUUCUUCGAGUUAAGGGAAUGGGUUGAGUCAGACCGCUUCAAGUUCGUCAUCGGAUUUGAAGACUCUCGUGAGGGCCCACUGUCCGGUAGCCUCAUCCGCGCGAUUUGCUCGUUCCGCGGCGCACUAUCACCUAGCCGCAUCAAAUAUGCAGCUCUCUGGGAUCUUUUCACGAAGUCGUUCGCUCCUGGCCUGGUCUUCGAGGGCUACCCUUCCAGCGUAAUCAUUUACCGCGACCGCGACCGAACUUCAUCCGUGGUUUCCCAAAUGAUAUCUCGUAAUCUGAAGGGAUUUGAGGAUUGGGGCCACCGAACCCUUUACAAAUGCCCUGGAUGUUCCGGAAUACUCCCCCCUUCCCUGGUCGAGAAUGACACCUCCGGCGACGUGGCGAAAUAUCGAUACCGGUGCCCACGCUGUCAUUGGUAUCCUCACGAUCUAUGGCUACUUCCUCCACCUGGAUCCUAUGGCGCUCGUUUCGUCAACAAGAACAGCACGAUCAGUCAGAAGAAGUCAGAUCCAUCCGAGCUAUUUUAUACUCAUGAUUAUAUUCCCCGCGCCACUUCCGAACAUGAGCGUCCACUCAACGAUGGCGAGAGCAGCACUACUUCCGUCGCAGAAGACAAUGUCAACGGCGACUAUGUGGCUCAAUGCUUUGAGAGGUGGUUGAAGACCAACGAGCGUGGGUAUCCACCAAACUCAAUAUUGUGGGACCGGUGGUUGACGACGGAGAGAGGGAGAGCGCAUUCAGAAUGCGUCGCUGCUGUCAAGGAGGGACGAGACGUGCCGCAGUUCGAUAGUUCGGUAUGGAAGGCUGAGGACGAUAGCUUUUGGGCCGAGUGGCGAACUUUCAUGCCAUUCGCCACAAGAAAGGAAAAAAGGAAAGCGAGAUCCAAACAGGUGAAGGCGAGGAAGAGGGCUCAAGCGAAGGAGAACGAAAAGAGAUUGGGUGGUGGUGAAGAAGAAGGCGAGAUCGAAGACGGUGAGAUCGACGAAGUCGUCGCGGAAGUACAUGGAUCUCAGCCCUAGCAAUUUGGCUCGAAUAUUUUGCUGCUUAUUUCAUGGGCGUACCAUCGGCCAAGCAUUGUA